GUCUCAACAGCGCCGCUUCCGCCCACUAGACGGAAGUGCAUCACCUUUUCAAGAUGGCGACCCCCUAUGUAACGGAUGAAUCUGGAAAGUACAUCGCUGCUACACAGCGUCCAGAUGGAACCUGGCGGAAGCCACGGCGGGUCAAGGACGGCUAUGUGCCCCAGGAGGAGGUGCCAGUCUAUGAGAACAAGUAUGUCAAAUUCUUCAAGAGCAAGCCAGACCUGCCACCGGGCAUGAGUCCGGAGGAGGGCACGCAGGCUCGGCAGCAGCAGGGGGCGCUGGUGGUGGCACCGUGCGGCGGCGGGGAGAAAGAUGGCGAAACGGCAGGGCUCUCCAAGACGGCCAAGCGCAACAUGAAGCGCAAGGAGAAGCGCCGCCAGCAGCAGGGGCAGGAGGGGGGCGGAGCCACAGAGGACGGGGGCGGAGCUGUGGAGGAUGGGGGCGUGGAGGCGCUGGCAGCCGCUGUGGCGAAGGCGGAGCUCGGAGGGGAGGAGCAGUGGGACGGGGCCCCGCCCCGGGCUGACGUCCCUGGCGAUACGGUGGCUGACAGGGCCAAGAAGAUCAAAAACCUCAGGAAGAAGCUGCGGCAGGUGGAGGAGCUGCAGCAGAAACUGGACUCGGGCGAGAUCAAGCAGCCCACCAAGGAGCAGCUGGAGAAACUUGGGCGGGGCAAGGUGCUGCAGGAAGAGCUGCAGGAACUGGAGCAGGGUUCCUAAAAGGCCAGCUGUCCCCUGAAAGGGAUGGUGGUCG